CGUUUGUGUUGUCUAGAGUUGGUCAAAAGUUCUUUAGUGAUGGUGAAGAGUGAUACUGACAGUAACGUGAAAGAUUGAGAGCGAUAAAAAUACGAAUUUCAAUCGUUUUUCUACAUUUCUGGACAUUGAAACGCCCAAAACGAAAAAAAAGAAUUCUUGGCUCUCCACGUAAAAGAUGGACUCUAAUAAAACGAAUUCUUCGGCUACCCAGGCUACCAGCGGUCCACCAACACCGCUCGCGAUGCCGAGCACUCCCAUAAAGCGCCUGCGUCUUGACGAUUCAGAGUAUAACGAGUGCGAAAAAACAGAAUCUUUGGAGAGGAGCAUCGAUUCGAAUUCGGCGAUGAGUGACGGCGACGGCGAUGGAACUUUAAAGCAGGUAGAAAGCCCUGAAAGACCCAUGAGUUGCGAGGAAAUUUCAAUGGCUUUCUUAAAAAACAAAGAAUAUGUCAAAUCGUACAACGAUUUGAAGAACUUCGUCGGCAGACCCGAUAGCCUUGUUUGCGUCAAUUGUCCCUUCGUUAUCAAGCCUCACGGCUGGACCGAAGAAACGUUUUCGGAGGAAUUCCAAAAAAUGAUGGAACAUUCGUACGCAGAUUUCGGGAAAUUUUCUACGAGCAGUCGCAACAUGUACGAAGCACCGUGGAACGCGAAGAGCAACGAUCGGUACUACCGACAACGGAAUCAAAUCGUUGAAAAAUCAUUCACUUACACUGACGACCAAAUAAAAACUUACCUCGAGAUGAAAGUCAUCCUGGAAUCAGACAAUUUUCACGUGUGCGUUUUAACCGGCGAUUCCGGCACCGGCAAAACCGUUUUUCUCAAGCAAUUCUUCGACGAUCCAGAAAUCGAUGUGAUUUACAUCGCAUCGCAACACUCCCUGCUCGGAGAAGCGUGUCGGACGCUGCAUUUGGAUUCCACCACCGACACGAUGACUUUGGCUUCCCUAAUGAUGAAGAUUUUCUGUUUUGAGUUUGACGAGUACAAAAAAUUCAUAGAGCGUUUGAUCAAGAUACCGAUUGAAGAAAUCGAAGGAAUCGGCAGCUUGCCGGACAAUUUCAAGUUGAACGGGAACGCACUGAACGAUUUGUUCGCUCGAAAAAUAUUCUACUCGACACCCAGCCGGAAGUUGGUUCUGUGCAUCGACGAGUUCAACAUGAUCAACACCGCCGAGCUCUGCAUCAUGAAACUGGGGCUGGAGCGCUUGGUUUCUGCGAAGAAAGAAGUCAACCUGAUUCUCCUCUUGUGCGGAAAUCCCUUCAGAACCCAGCCAAUUUUCGUGCCAGCAUUGACAGCGGAUGAGGAAAAAACGAACGAAAGCUUUGCCGCCGAUGGGAGCGAUGCUCAGAGACCGAUGUCCGAAAAUGCUGCUUCUGCAAUCAAGCUCGGACAGACCCGCUUCGAGUUCAAGCACGAGUUAAAGCACUCAAACAACGUAGAAUACCAAACAUUUUUACACAAUCUGAAAAACUCCAACAAACUCGAAGCCGACGUGUUCGAAUUUUUUCAUGCAGUUUCCGAAGUUCGUAUAAUCCCCCACAAAUAUUGCAUCCCAGCCCUCCUGGACCUGCCGACCCCCAACCGAUCCAAUCCCUUCGACGAACCAGACGACCGUUACCUCUGCGAUGUAACUGCAUGGGUGCAAACUUACGGCAAAGACUUCAACGGCUCGUCAUGCUAUUCGUACUUGAACGCCGAAGCUCACCGCAUGAAUUUGUCUAUCGCCUUUUCCGCGUGGCAGCAAUGUCGGCUGUUCAAUGAAGCCGCGAACCAGAGAGGAAAUCCGACCAUACCGCUCCACCAAAUCCCUCGAUUGGUGCCGGUCUACCCUGGAAAUGAAUCGGGACGAUUGACCGGAAAGUCCGAAGUUUCUGAGCUCCCUCUCGUCAUCGGUUUCCGCUACAAAGUUCUGCAUUCAGACGGCGACCUGAAGAACGGUGACACAGUCACCCUGGUUCAUGUCCAGUACGAAAAUGAGGCAUCGUGCAAAAAAGUUUGCCACCUUCUCGUCGUAACCACAGACGGUGAUGUAUUCAAGAUCAAUCCUGGUCUGUACAGCGUCCCUUCGUUCUUGGGUCACUCCAAACGUGACGAACUCUUUGGAUUUCCACUGCGACUGGCAUUCGCGAAGACCAUACGAGGCAGCAUCGGCCCACCAAUAGAAGGCGACGUUUAUAGCAACGUCACAAAUUGUAGCGCCGAAGAAGUCUAUACUUUACUGACCAAAAUCCGCGACUGCAGUCAAGUCAAGGGCCUGGCUUGGGUCAAAUAAAACACGAGCUCUUACGAGGCCACUUGCGAUCGAAGUUUUUCCAGUCUGCCAAUUUUCGAGUCAUUGGAACGGGGAAUUUCGUGAUAAAAUAAAAAAAAAAAAAUAUAUAUAAUACUUUUUUUUACGAAUAUUGUACUUUUUACAGCAUGAAAAAUGUAACUUUAUCUUUUUUGGUACUUCGGGCAGGGCUGCCAACACAAAAUAUGAAAAUUAAAUACACAAUUAUUCAACAGGA